CUGCGUGUCUGCGUGCUCCCGUACAGCGUGGCCGGGUCACGUGACGGCCCCCUCAGGUUGUGUCAGCUGGUGACGUGAUCAAAUUACCGCGGCGCUGCUUCGGGUCGCGCUGCUCUGGCUGGAAAGUUGAGUCAAGGGUUUGGAUCCGCUUGUUUAUUAUCGGGCCAAAGGACUUGGUGUGCUUAUGGAGGCAGACGCGCUUGAGACAACACUCUUGCGUUGUGCUAAAGAGGGUAACUGUGCAGAAAUUCAGCUGCUCCUCGAGUCGAGGAUCAACCAAAGCAGCUCACUCAACAUCAACUGCACAUCCGGCUCGGGGUGGACACCCCUCCACCUGGCCUGUUGCUUCGGACACCGGGAUGCUGUGGAGGAGUUGCUCAAGGCAGGUGCUGAUGCCAAUGUGCAGAACCACAUGGGUGACACACCUCUACACAAAGCGGCCUUUACUGGAAGACGGGAGAUAGUGCUGUUGCUGCUACGGUACGAUGCCGUUUGCAGCAUAAUCAACGGAGUAGCUCAAAUCCCAAAAGAUGUCACGAUGGAUGAUGAAGUCAUAACCAUGCUGGAGGCUGCAGAGACCAGGGAGACGAAGCGCCAGGAGAAGAAGCUCCUGGAAGCAGCCAGAGAAGGGGAAAUCACCGCUCUGUCCAAACUGCUCAGUGGAAAAGAACCUCCAGAUAUUCACUGCAGGGACUCUGUGGGGAAUACGCCCUUACAUUGUGCAGCCUACAGGGGGCAGAAGCAGUGCAUCAUAAAGCUGCUGCAGUCUGGAGCCAGCCUCACCACUAAAAACAACAAUGACCAGACGCCACUAGACCUGGUCUGCAGCGAUGAACUGAGACCCAUCCUAGAAGGCUAUCAAGCCAAGGAUCUGAGCAGUGGGGUGCAGAAGAUUGAAGGCCGUCUUUGGAAGAGUUCCCGGUUACUCCGAUGGCGCUCCCACUGGGUGGUCAUUGAGGACGGAACCAUCUCCUGGUUUCCCAAACAGGAAGAUGCAAUGGGUGGUGUCAGAAAACAGGGCUGCAAGUCUCUGAAAGACGCCUACUGCAUGGUCAAACCAUGGGAUCCAUGGUUCUUCAUGCUCAGGUGCUUUGAUGACACUGUGUUUUAUUUUAAGGUCUCCUCAAAGACGAAUGCAGUGUUAACUAGAAAAAGGUGGUUGGAUGCGUUGGAAGCACAUUCAUCCUAUAGCACACGCCACUGUACCCCAGAAGCGAUGAGCAACGAGGCUGAUGGUGACGUGACGGUGAAGAAUCUGUCUCAUGCACUUCAGGCAGCCAACACUUUCCAGCAGAAAUUGCACAGUGAAGUGUCAAUAUUUCAAUCGAUGGUGAAGAAUGAUGAGAAUUCUGCAUUGGCUGCCCCUCUUUUACUGAAAGCCAAAGAGACCAGCGAGCUCUCCAGUGCAACCUGUGCUAGUCUCCAUCUGUGCCUGGAACUGCUGUCGGAACAGGAGGAGGUGUGGAGCCUGAAGUUUGAGCAGGAGGUGGAGAAGAACCAAGCUCUGACCGAGGCCCUCCAGACGUUGGCCACCGAGAACCACGAAGUCAAGCGCUCUCGCGCCAAGAGCAGGUGGUCGUCUACCCUCAGCACCUUCAAUGAAGAAGACUUCUAUGAUGCUCUGUCAGAGUCUGACUCGGAGGUCUCGGUGAGCGGCUUCCUGUCAGUGGCCGGUCACUCCGGGGAAGAGGACGAGGGCAGAGACACCCCCCUUCUCAGCAGCCAGCGCCAUCCCAGUGCACUCGGGGGGCCUGCCGGAAUGUCAGGGGAGGGUAACCAUGGCAACCAGCACAAUGGAGUCGAGAAGCACAGAACAUCUCUACCGACUUCCAUGUUCUCGAGGAAUGAUGUCAGCAUCUGGGGUAUCCUGAAAAAAUGCAUUGGCAUGGAGUUGUCAAAGAUUGCCAUGCCUGUGAUAUUUAAUGAGCCUCUGAGUUUCCUUCAGCGGUUAACAGAAUACAUGGAGCACACCUACCUCAUACACAAGGCCAAUGCCACGACGGAUUCUGUGGAGAGGAUGAAGUGUGUUGCAGCCUUUGCCGUGUCUGCUGUAGCAUCGCAGUGGGAGAGGACUGGGAAACCCUUCAACCCACUACUGGGGGAAACCUAUGAGCUCAUCAGAGAAGAUUUAGGCUUCAGGUGGGUGUCGGAGCAAGUAAGCCAUCACCCACCAGUCAGUGCCUUUCAUGCUGAGGGCCUCAACCAGGAUUUUGUCUUCCACGGCUCCAUCUAUCCGAAACUUAAGUUUUGGGGAAAGAGCAUAGAAGCUGAGCCCAAAGGACUCAUCACACUGGAGCUGCCCAAGUACAAUGAAGCCUACACCUGGACCAACCCAACCUGUUGUGUCCACAACAUUAUCGUCGGUCAGCUUUGGAUAGAGCAGUACGGCAGCGUGGAAGUGAUCAAUCACAAGACGGGAGAGAGAUGCAGCAUGAUGUUCAAGCCCUGUGGCCUCUUUGGGAAAGAGUUACAUAAAGUGGAAGGAUACAUCCUAGAUAAAAGCAAAAAGAAGCUUUGUGCAAUAUAUGGCAAAUGGACUGAAUCCCUGUACGCAGUAGAUCCGGUUACCUUUGAUUCCCACAAAAAGACGGACAAAAAGAGUUUGGAUGAAAAGAAGCGGGGCAGCGUGGACGAGGAGCCGGAAGAGGUGCCUCCCCCCGACGCUGAGACGGUCCUGGUCAUCCCAGGUAGUGAGCUCAUCUGGAAGAUCACGCCACGACCGAGCAACUCGGCCCAGUUUUAUGCGUUCUCCACAUUUGCCAUGCACCUGAAUGAGCAGGACAAGAGCACUGAGGAAGUUACGCCCACAACAGACAGCCGUUUUAGACCGGACAUUCGCGCCAUGGAGAAUGGAGACAUAGAUUUUGCCAGUUCAGAGAAGAAGAGACUUGAGGAAAAGCAGAGACUGGCCCGGAAAAAUCGCAGCAAAUCACCGGAUGAAUGGAAAACCAGGUGGUUUGCGCAAGGACAAAACCCUCACAACAAAGCUCAGGAUUGGAUCUACUUAAAGGGCUACUGGGAGAGGAACUACACCGACCUGCCUGACAUCUACUAAUAAGUAGAAAUACACCAGUCACAUGGAUAUCUACAUUUACUACCUUCGGACUUUAUCUUCUGGGUUCAAGGGCAUGCAGCAAUGUCACAAAGCUGGUACAGAACAUUAGAUGGGGUCAAGGAAAUGUGCUGAAAAAAUGUCUUAAAACAGUCGACAGGCCGUAAAACACGGAGUGAACACCAGUGGAAUAUAUUCUUCUCGAUAGAUGUGUGUAAACAGUGGAGCACAAAAACUCUUAAGCUUAUUAAUUGCGGCUCUUGACCACUUGUGUAGGAAAAACUAGAAUGUAUUUUGUACACCCGUGCUAAUAUAUAAUAGGUGUGAAUUUGGUGUGAGCACAUUUGCCACUACAAUGGAGGGCAUAUUGAUGCCUCCGGAUUACUGUUAUUGAACUGACACUGAUUGUACUUCUGCAUGCUAAAAUGCAGUACAACAUACUCUAAUACAUCAUUUAGAACAUUUGUUAUUCCAACUAUAUUGAACCAAGAACACAAGCUCUGCAACUAUAGAGGUGUGCGUGUGUGAAAGUUAAGUUCAAUUAGCUGUUAUAUUUGUUUUUCAUAUUGUACUAGUGUACUAAAUGCAUGUGCAUCGCUAUAACUAUGCAGGCCUUUGCUCCUUCACAAUCAAGCACUGAAUAUUCCCUUUCUCAUGUUGUGGGUAGCUGCUAUAGGUUUUAGAUUUCUCAAUACUGACUUUCUAUUGUUUAAUAAAUGCUUAAUGUUGAUUACAGGUU